UACAACCAGGUGAGCUCUGGCACACGCCGCACGCUGCGCUCAUCACCGUCUGCCUUUACUGUGUUUCUGCAGGUGCGAGGUCAUCUGCCUGUUGCCAUGGUGACAGCAGUUUGUGGGCGGAGCCUGUAAUGAAGUGACCUCUGAUCUCUGGGGUCAUGAGUACCUGAAAGUGUUUGUUUGCAGUUUAUUUUUAAUGAAUGACAGCAGACAAAAGCUCAAACCCUAGUGAGCCGCCUAGACAGCAUCACGUGUGCUGAUCUGAGAGCAGCAGUACUGACCGCGGUGCUGGAAUACAGCAGUACAUACAUGAUGCCUGUUUGUGUGCUGCUCAUUAGCCUGACGUGUGUCCUAAUCAUUAAGAUGCUUGAUUUAGUGUUUAAUUUCUUUAUUGAGUUUGUUUUGAGUUGAAUUGGUCUGUGCCGUUCGCACACAGCAGCUCACUAGGGUUCAUGCAGUGAAUGAUGGGAACUGCUCGUGUUUGACUGUAAACGUGAUUUUCCUCUUCUGUGUAAGAGUGAUUUGUGUGUGUGUGUGUGUGAGAGAGAGAGAGAGAGAGAGAGAUGAUGAUGAUUUACUGAUGUGUGUGUGUAUGUAAAUGAAGGUGUGUGUUAAUGCUGUUGUGUUUUUCUGCUCAUAGCAUGGACCCAUUCAUAUGACUAAUUUAGGUGCAGGCAUCUCUGUGGGCAGCUCUGAGGCAUCAGGACCCCCGUCUGCUGCUUCCUCAGGGCCUGUGAGAGAGAGAGACAGCAGCAGCAGACUCAUGCCGCCAUCCGUGUGUUUCGGCGCCAGUCAGCGGUCUGAGAGCUCAGAAGCAGACGAGAAGACGCCGGCGCCGAGCCUCCUGGAGCCGCAGGUGAAGCGCGUGCGGACGGGGCUCGUGGCGUACACCGGAGACUCCUCCGACGAAGAGGACGAUCACGGAGCCUCCAGAGCAGGCGCUGGAUGGACGUACCGCUGCCCGUCGUCACCCCGCCUCACGGCCCCCAAAACACAGACGCAGACCAUGCCCUUCUGGAUGGCACCGUAAACACACACACACACACAACACACACUCACGUCAUGUUUCAUGCCUCCUAAAGACUGUCCCGUGGGAUUAUGGCUGGAUGUGACGCUGCAGCAUCAUGUCUCUCAUCACUCCUCUCG